AUGUCUCAUGAACAAAACCAAGAAAAUGAUGCUCUCUUAUGGGAAACUCAAUCAUGGGUAAACUUGUCCAAUGAUACUUCCGACAAUUCCGGUGGCGAUAAGGGCAUUUUCCCGCCGGAGUUGAAGGAGGAGAAUGAGAAGAAACGAAGCCGAGGCCGGGUUUCGGCGACAAAGAAAGGGAAGGGAGUAAAUGGAGGGAAGAAGGAAGGAGAGACAUCGGAUCAUGAGAUACAUAUAUGGACUGAAAGAGAAAGAAGGAAAAAAAUGAGAAAUAUGUUUUCUAACCUUCAUGCUUUGCUCCCUCAACUUCCUCCUAAGGCAGACAAAUCAACCAUAGUUGACGAAGCAGUAAACUACAUAAAAACCCUACAAUCAGCCCUGCAAAGGCUUCAAAAACAAAAGCUAGAAAGGCUCCAACUCCAUGGAAACAAUUCCUUCCUAUUCGAGCCAUCCAUUGCUGCCACCUCGAGAUUAGCUUUACUUUCUUCAAGGGAAACAUUCAUGGCGGAUCAAGUUGCCAACAAUCAUAACAAUUGUGGAGGAUCAAGUAGUAGUUUUUGUGCUUCAGCUUGUCACCUUCCAGUAGCCAUGCAAACAUGGACAUCUUCGAAUGUGGUGCUUAAUCUUUGUGGAAAUGAUGCACAGUUUUCAGUUUAUGCACCCAAAAGGGAUGGUCUGUUUACAGCUAUCUGUGGUGUUCUUGACAAGUAUAAAAUGGAGGUCAUUUCUGUUCAUGUUUCUUCCGUUGUGGAUCGCUAUGUUUACAUGAUUCAUGCUCGUCUUGCAAAUGGGGCUUCUGAUCAAUUUCCAGAAAUGAUUACUGUAGAAGAGGUCUCCAAGCAAGCAGCUGGAGAGAUGAUAUUAUGGGUCCUAUCUUAA